UGAAGAUGUGAAGGGAGUGGACUUCCCUGUAAAGACUGUAACAGGAAACCAAUGUUUCAAAAGAAAGGUUGAUUGCAUUGCUAGAUAAUACAGGUCUCCUAAACAAAUGCGUGAGCGCCCAGAGGCUUUCUGCUGCUGCCAGAAGUACAUAUUUUUUUGAUUGGUAAGAACUGCCAGAUGACGCUUCGUGAAAUAUAAAUGCCACAAAGACUCAGAGCUCAAUAAAAACCUUCCACUCGUCAGUCUAGAAGGAUAAGAGAAGGAAAGUUAAGCAGCUAAAGGAAAUGGCUUUGGAAGUUCCAAUAUCAGUCUAUCUUUUAUUCAACGCAAUGACAGCACUGACUGAAGAGGCAGCCGUGACUGUAACACCUCCAAUCACAGCCCAGCAAGGUAACUGGACAGUUAACAAAACAGAAGCUGACAACUUAGAAGGACCAAUAGCCUUGAAGUUCUCACACCUUUGCCUGGAAGAUCAUAACAGUUACUGCAUCAAUGGUGCUUGUGCAUUCCACCAUGAGCUAGAGAGAGCCAUCUGCAGGUGUUUUACUGGUUAUACUGGAGAAAGGUGUGAGCACUUGACUUUAACUUCAUAUGCUGUGGAUUCUUAUGAAAAAUACAUUGCAAUUGGGAUUGGUGUUGGAUUACUAUUAAGUGGUUUUCUUGUUAUUUUUUACUGCUAUAUAAGAAAAAGGUGUCUAAAAUUGAAAUCACCUUACAAUGUCUGCUCUGGAGAUAGACGACCGCUGUGAAGCCUUUGUAAAGAAUUUUCAUCAAGGCAUCUGUAGAGAUCAGUGAGCCCAAAAUUAAAGUUUUCACAUGAAACAACAAAACUUGUCAAGCUGACUGGGCUCGAAAAUAAUGAAAGUUGGGAUCACAAUAAAAUGAGAAGAUAAAAUUCAGCGUUGGCCUUUAGACUUUGCCAUCCUUAAGGAGUGAUGGAAGCCAAGUGAACAAGCUGCAGGGACAGAAGUCAAGUUCAUAGUUUCACUCCGGGUUUUUUGUUGUUGUGUGGUUAUUAUUCUCACUACAGAAAGACUGAGUUUCAUGCCUCUGGCUGUGUCAGAUGUGAAUUUUCAUGGGAAUAAUAAUCAACCUUGCAGCAAGCCAAAGCAGUGCCUUGCUUGGGUUCUUCAUGUUCUUACUACCCAGCAUUUUUUACCACCUAGAUGGGCCUAAUUCUAUUUGCUCAAUGAACCUUAUCCCAAACUUGUUGUUUUCAUGGUGUCUAAAAGAAUGUGAUGUCAGCUUUUAGAAUGAAAUCAGUGUUAAGGUACCUCCAGUGAACCAAACAUAUGUCUUAAAUCUAAGCCACUGAAAACAGAAUGGAAAAUCCAAGGCAAAUACAAAUCAUACACAGCUUGUAACAACAUACAGCCUUUAUAUGUAAAAUAUGGAAUAAACUAGAGUUUCUGAAGACUGAAGCUAUCUGGAUAUCAAGUCUGGAGUAGGCAAAGCAUUUCCAUUUCUACAUGGAUUAUAAAACUUUGUGUUGGACUCACUGGUCCCUAAUGCUUUUGUUCAUCACUUCCUCCAGUUAUCAGUGGAAUUACCCGGUGACCAUUCAUUUGGACCGAAAUCCUAGAACUCUCCUACUGAAUAAAAGUCUACAAUUGGCCCUAAAAUAGAAACUGAAAACAGGAUAUAGAAUUUUUUUCACCAGACCACAGCAUGUGGAAACUUUCUUUAUCAUUUUUGAACACUUGUUAACAGAUUUGCACAUAAGAGGGAGAGGAAAAAAAAAUGGAGUAACAGUCAAAAUAAUAAGAAUCAGUAUCCAGGCCAGGCGCGGUGGUUCACGCCUGUAAUCCCAGCACUUUCGGAGGCCGAGGGGGAUGGAUCACCUGAGGUCAAGAGUUUGAGACCAGCCUGGCCAACAUGGGCAGUGAGUUCUGGAUUCUUGUCCUGCAACCAAGAGGAAUUAGGUACGCAGACACGGGAGAGUAAGCAGCGUGGAGAAUUUUAUUGAGCAACAGAAGGAAAGCUGUCAG